AUGAAAAUUGAUGUAGCGAAAUUAAUAAACGAAAUCAGCAAACACCCAGAGAUCUACAAUCCAGAUCACAAAGAUUUUUCUAAUAAAGAAAUAAGGGACAACAUUUUUAACACCGUCAUCAAUAAAGAAAUGAAUGGUAUAAAAGGCGAAAUUCUGCAGCGCAAGUGGGACCAAAUAUUAAACAAAUAUGCUAAUUUUAUUAGAAAACUGAGCAACGACGAUUCGUCUGAAAGGGUUUUGGAACAAUUCAUGGAAUGGCCGUGGACGAAGCCUAUGCGUAUGUUUAAGCCAUAUGUUCGCAAACAAUUUCAAAUACCAGAAUUCCAAUCCUCGAGACAGUUGAUACCUGACAUGGACAUAGACAUGUCGCACAUCCCGAUAUCGGCUCUUCAGCCUUCGCAAAUGACACCCAUUAUAAACGGACUGCCUGGUGACGACGUGACGUCUGGCUCCGAAUUUCCGUUCCCGAUACCCACUGGGCAGGGACCGGUGCAGGGUAACGGUUCUGCUGGACCGGAGCUGACAGUUCAAUAUGCACAUUCGCUGACAGCACCGACGACCAACGAAGGAUUUUCGAACGCGAUCGAGACGCCAGCCACUCCGAGACCCGCAGUCACUCACCCGAUACCGGAGCCUAGUCUCGAGAUACAACGUGCGAGUUCAGUGGGGAUCAUAGAAAUCCCGGUCAUGUCUAAUAUUGGGUUCAUGCGUCCCAGAAUUAUGGGGCCAAUAUCACAGGCUCGAUUGUCUCAGUUUUUGCAGGAAAAUAUGAACGGCAUCGGGUCGCCGUCGUCGUCGGCACGUAGUUCCACUGACGAUGAUGAUGGUUUAAACCAGCUGGGGAGGAGUAUCACAGCCUCCAUGCUUCAAGACCUUCGAAGGAUGGUAACUAUCGGUCCGUUCCCCGAUGACGAUGAAGACAACGAUGACGAUGAGGAGGACGAUGACGACGAAAGCGGGGCAGAUGACGAGAUCGCGACUGACGAGGAGGCGGUGUCGACAGUAGAUGAUGGGCCGUCCAGUGCCAAAAAAAUAAGGCUACAGGAUCAGUCCGGCGAAGACAGCGACAAAAUUGAUAAAGGCUGCACAGGAGCUGAUGGUGAUACAAGCCACGUGGGAGACGACGAAGAAGAUGGUAGGUCGGACGCUCUACCUGAUCUGCCACAGCCCAAGCCGGCGAUCAAGAGAGGACCGUCGGAUUUCAGUGCGCAGGAGCACAUAUUUCUCGCUUGGGCCAAGACAAUGAGCACAUUUACGGCCAAACGACAGGCUACAAUUAAAAUGCAAAUCAACAAAAUUAUGUCCGAGGCUGAAUUUGAAGAUUUGGACGACGAGUUUUUUGCAGCCAACAGAAAGCCCCGUCGGCCCAUUUACACUUCGCGCUACUGA